AUGGCUGCAGUAGGCCGAUAUUCUGGGAAGGUGGUGGUGGUGACUGGGGGCAGUCGGGGCAUCGGGGCUGCAAUCGUGAGAGCCUUUGUGGACAGUGGGGCUCAAGUGGUUUUCUGUGACAAGGAUGAGGCUGGGGGCCGGGCUGUGGAGCAGGAACUCUUGGGCACUGUCUUCAUCCCCGGUGACGUGACUCAGGAAGGAGAUUUGCAGACUCUGAUUUCUGAGACUGUCUCUCGAUUUGGUCACCUGGAUUGUGUGGUGAAUAAUGCCGGCUACCACCCACCUGCACAGUUGCCGGAGGAGACCUCUGCCCAGGGCUUCCGCCAGCUGCUGGAGGAGAACCUCCUGGGGGCAUACACCUUGAUCAAGCUUGCCCUCCCCCACCUGCGGAAGAGCAAAGGAAACAUCAUCAACAUCUCCAGCCUGGUCGGGGCCAUCGGCCAGUCCCAGGCACUAACCUAUGUGGCCACCAAGGGGGCAGUGACUGCCAUGACCAAAGCUUUGGCCUUGGAUGAGAGCCGAUAUGGUGUCCGUGUCAACUGCAUCUCCCCAGGAAACAUCUGGACUCCACUGUGGCAAGAGCUUGCAGCUGCAACUUCAGACCCCAGGGCCACCAUUCUAGAAGGCACCUUGGCCCAGCCCCUGGGCCGCAUGGGCCAGCCAGCCGAGGUGGGGGCCGCAGCUGUGUUUCUGGCCUCUGAAGCCACCUUCUGCACAGGGCUUGAGCUUUUUAUGACUGGGGGUGCAGAACUGGGCUUUGGACGCAAGGCUAGCAGCAGCACUCUCGUGGAAGUCCCCAUUCUCCCACCAUAAUUCACACUAACAUGUCCUACUCAUCCGUCUCCCUUCCUUCCUUUCUUUUUCUGCAGGACUGGAGAUUAAACCUAGGACCUCUUGUGUUCUAGGCUGGGGCUUUACCACUGAGUCACACCCCAGUGCCACACUGGAGGAUUCUGGGCAAGGGCUUUACCACUUAACUCUCAGGUUCCAAAGAAAGUCAGGAUAAACUAGUCGCUGGCAGCCCAGCCCUCUCAGUACCUGCUGCUUUCCUCACUCACUUGCCCCUGUCCUUCCCUCUCCAUCCCAGGGACUUAGUGUCCCUUCCCCCAGCUUCUGGUUCCUAUAAAAACCUGCCACUUUGUCCAUGUCCAUUCCUGGUCCUUGGCUCCUCUCUUGGUCCACUUGCCCUCUCUCUCUCUCCUCUUCUUUCACUUUCUUCCCCCCAACCCCCUCUCUGCUCUCAUGGACCAGUUUAGUCUGGACUCUUCCAGAUGCCUCUGUGCUCUCCCUUAUUGUAACAAUAAAACCUCCCCAGCCAUA